AUGCCCAAAGUACAAACCAAAAAACAUCGGUGGUCAAGCAGUCAACGGCUUCAACUUCUAAAUGCCGUGUUGGAGCAAAUCCCAAGCCUAGACUGGAAUUUGGUCUCUAAUAAAGUUGAGGGUAAAAAUGCGUUGGCUUGUCGUCAACAGUGGAAUCGUAAAUUACUCGCGGAUUUGAGAAAAGGAUUUAUUGAUGGAGGAUCAUAA